GCUACGUAUUGUAUUCCAUGUUCUUCUGUAGCCCGCAUGAAACGUUAUUCGUGCGUGACCUUUGCGAUCGGGUUUACGUCGUUGACCUGAUUACAGAGUACACCACACAUUUAUCGAUUUAACUUUUUAUUAUUGUUGUUAUCAUUCUACCUUUUUUUCAUUUUUUUCCUUCUCAGUGGCGAGUGGAACAUUGUUUUGCUUCUUUUCCAUCGUAGGGAUGUGUCGGCAGUAACUAUUGGACGGAACAAGUGCGGGAAUCUUCGGUCUGAUGUUCACGACGCGCGAUUGAUUGGCGAUCGACUUCGACGAGCUCGAGCUGAAGGACACGACAAAGCACAACAGCCGGCAGCAAGGAAUCGCCUUGUAUGCGCCACGACGUACUGCAUCGCAGCGGGGCUCGGGAAAUUUGGACACUGGGAACAGCUCGCGCAUCUAUCAACUUGUGCGCGAUCCAUGGCGGCGUCGGUUGUUCUGAGACCAAGAAUCACAGUGGACAGGUAUCUCGAGUAGAGUCAUCCGCCGCCUGCUUGUCUCAGAUGGAGGCGUGAGGACCACCAGUGCGUCCUGCUUCCCGCCCUAAGCCCAGGCCAGGCCAGGUUUAAUUACCAAGUCAAGUCGAGUCAAACGAAAGAAAACAUUUGCAUCUAUUCAUCACGUUGCUCUGACCAGUAUUUUAACCUCUCUCAGCCGCUGAAUCUGGAGAGUUCGACGACGUCUUGUACACGUCACUGCCUUCAUUUUCAGCAUAGUUUGGAAGCAUUUGGAGUUCUAUGUAUAUCACGGAAUUAUACAUCGCUCUGUUCGUCGUCAUGCAACAACCUGACCAUCGGUGAAGAAUUUUGCGACCAGCGAUAUUACGAAACAGCGCGCGUGCGCAACGAUCGAUUGUAACAUAUUUCCAGCGCGCGAUUAUUUUUUUGGGUUAUCGAGCGGUAGCGGUGCCUCAGGAACUCUGAUGCAGAGGCGUACAGAUUCAGAUCCGCCGCCGACAAGCUUGUCGGCGGCGCAGGAUGUCCCAGGAAAGCUGCGGUCAACAUCCACGGGACAGCCGCUACUGUUCAAGAAACGCAAGAUUCUACCUCACCCGAAACCGAACGAUUAUACUACAUGGAGAAGCGCCUCUGUGGGUGCUGCUCCCAAGCACACCAAGAUGGCAUCUGAAUCCGGACCAUUUGGGAGGACAUUUGGCACACAGUCUCCAGCGUUGAACCAUCUCUCGAACCAUGCGCCUAGGCAUCGUCAACCUGCCAGGAAAGGAAGCGGACCCGAUUUGCCUCCAACCCCGCCGGCGCACUCGCGCAACUCCUCCUCUAGCCACUCGGUCAUGCCACCGAGUCCGCCGUUUGUUGAUACACCAGCCACAAGUGCCGAAGAUGUGCGCAAGUCGAUUUCGUCAAGCGCUAGCCCUCCCCGAACCCCCAGGACACCAACGAACCAAAGAAGCCCCCCAACUCCAGAAGUGACCCCUCCGCAGCUUUGUGUUGAGAAGCGACCGCGUCUGGCUCGACCGCCCGCAUGCGAUCGCUUACCUUCCAAGGCCACCACCGUGGCUUCCCAACCCGAAUCGUUCAGGACUGCUCCGGAAGUUCCAUACUCGUCCGAGGAAGAGGAUAGCAUUCCCAAGCUUAGGCCCGUGGUCUCGUCCGUACGGACCUCUUCCCAAAGUACCGUCCGUCAGACCAACGACGAUAACUCAAAGGACAACAAGAAGGCGCGGACGAUCGGGCUGGGUCUCGGAUUGGAGUCUAAGUCUAGCCCUGCUACGAGCCCCGAGCCGAGACCCCUAACCCCUGGCUCACGAACAUCGGAUAAGUUUGUAAACUUUGAUGGCGAGUGGGGAACCGAUCAGCGAUGGGAUGCAGAUGUGGACCGGACCGCCACAGGUCGGAAGCACAAAUCACCUCGCGGAACGAGCGGUCAAGAGGUUGUUGAGGAUAACACGGUAGUUGCCACGGCUGCUACAGAGGCACUUCGAACCAUGCAAUUCCCCCAAUCCGCUGUAGCUUUACCCUCACCGCAGGAAAUUCCUCGGGAGAGGGAAAGACGCCGGACCUUCCAAGUCGAGCCCGAUUUCAGGCAUCAAUCAUGCCCAUCGCCGCCUGAUCUUGAACCCUCGCCAGAACUGAUCGCUUCAAAGAUUACAAUGACGAGACCUGAGAUAAAGCAGCGAAGAAUAUCAACUGCUUCUUCCAAGUCUACAACUUCAAACGUGACCACCGAGGCGUCGCUUCCCGACACAUCGUCUCGGAGCCAGAGGACAUUGCGUCAUGUCAGGAAACUGGACGGGCUCCGCCACUCGAGGCAAGACCUCUCCUCGCCAAAGCCAGAGUACAAAUCGGCUCAACUGGAGUAUGAUGUGGCCAAACGGCCCCCUCUAAGUGGGAGGCUUUCGGAAUCGCGGCAUCAAAGCUAUGCCUCGGUCAGUACUACAAACUCCAUCUCAAGUCGGAAAGCACGCAGAGAGGUAAUAAGGAAUGGAGGCAUUCCUGUAGUAGUGAUACCGCAACGACGAUCCUCGAUCAAGUCAGCUAGCGAAUCACCGUCGCUGCGGUCAGCUAGAAGUAGUACAAGAUCGAAACGUAGCCACAGCGUCGGCUCAUCGUCGCGGUAUCCUCCUUUAACACAGCUUUCAAACGGCAAGGAUCUCACCUCGUACUUUGAACCGAUCCCUCGUCGGGGUAGAAACCGAUCACAGGCUGACGGUUCGGAGCCUGGAGACCAGCGCACCAUGGACUUCCCUCCCAUUGUGCCCAGGCGCACGUCGUCACUUUCUGCUCCGACAAGUAGGAACACAUCAAGGGCGGGCUCCUUGACUUCGGAUAGCCUGCGACAGCUUGAAAAGGCCACGAGCCAACAGCCCGAUGCAAGGUCUAGAGCACAAGGACCAUCAGAGCCCCGAUCGCAAAAGUCAUACGACUCAAGGCAGGAUCUGCCUUCUCGCCGGAAAGAGCGCCUUGCCGAGGAGCGUAGCGAGCGCCUUUCAUCUGCAGAUUCUAUCAAGUCGCCACGACAGCACUCAGUGCACAAGCUUAGCGUUGAUCAUCACGGGGACCCGUUAUUUGGUCGACGGCUGGCUGCCCAGCGGACACCGUUUUCCCAGUAUUCGGUGGAAACCAGUGCGACGUCGCACGCCGAAGUGUCUGAGGCCCAAGCAGUCAGUCUGUAUGCGCAUCAAAACACAUCGGUGUUGAUGGUGGAUCACUCGACACGGCCAAGUGAAAGUUCAAAUAGCUCUCUAGCCCCCAGAUUGGAACGUCCAAUCAUCAAGAUGAUCGACACAGACGCACGCACCGGACCUGUGACUCCUCCACAGCCGACAUUUUCCCUGGAUGAUGUAGAUUCGCCUCUACAAAACCCGCGGGAUCCCCCGAAGCCUCCUAAUACGCGAGUCGUACCUCCAUCUAUCGCUUUCAUCCCGGCCACCCCAUCAGGGCUGACACCAGCACAGGAGAAGGAAAUGCAGCUUGGGAAUUUCUAUGAAGAGGUUGCACAGCGUCCACCCAUGCCUCGGCGUAUGUCGACUGUGGUACGCAGGGCUCUGGGCCGGCGUGAAAGCUAUCAAGAGCCAUCAGCAUCUGCAGCGCCAAAGAACUCGGGCGGUCUUGUGUCGCGCACGUUAUCGCUCACAAGACGGUCGAGCCUUCGCGGCGACAGACCGGACGAUGCGGAUAGGGAAGCAGUUGGACGGGAUAGGAGACACACAGUCUCAGCGUAUGGGGAUCCCGACGAUGAAUUGGCAGAUCCAAACAGGUUACAUCCUCUCUGGCGACCAGCAUAUGCCGAUGACGAGUCGGAUCACAGCAGUGACGGGGAGUAUGACGAUGAAGAUGGUGAUCAUCACCACCACAGGGGGGCGACACGCCCGCGAACCUUGUCAGAGCGGAUGAAACGCACGUUUGCCAUUCUGCCAAGUCGCGAAGACUAUUACGGAUCUAAGGAUCCAUAUGUCCAGCCCAGGUCCCCAAUUCGUCGCACCGUGCACCGCAGCAACAGCGGCAACCUACGUGUGGUUAAGAACCGCGCCAGCCUGGAGUCGAUCUCUCGACCUCCAGUUAGCUACAUGGGGAGACCAUUCACCGCGCCGGGCGAGGACCGAGGAGGCAACAAGGGACGUGGCGGAAUUUGGAGGUCUCUGUCUCAGCGACGCUCCGAGACUCCGGUAGUCGGCGGUGGCGGAGGCAGAGGUUCGCUGCCCAGGCGACGUUUGUCCCUUCGCGGCAAGGCGCUGGACCCUUCUGGCGGGCUUGGCUUGCUGCAAGACCUGCCGCGCCGGCUAAGCGAACGCAGGCGUGAAAAGAGAAGCCAGGAGUUGCGCCGUACCAUCAGUGGGCCGCGCGAGGUCCGCGAUGGCGUCGAUGAAGUUAUUGGGCGGAGGAGCGACCAGCGCGACGCCUACACCACCCAAAAUGCGCAGUGAUUUCAUCUACCUUUGGAACGUGGGCACAGAAAGUUGUGCAUCCCUAACGUAUGGGACACUAAUACAUGAAAGGCAGACAUGAGGACACUCAAGUCUAUGAGCAUGAUUCCCACGUUUGCCCGUGAAGGCACGUUUAGGAUUUCUUCGGGUUCUUAUUAUAAUUCGCUGUUUUUAUUUUUCAGCAACGCGACCGCAAGGAACCGUUCUUACGAUAUUGUACACACGAACAAAUGAUAUCCACACGACGAUUUUGAUACUUGAAAGGAGGGGUGGGCUUUUUGUUCUUGGUAGGUAUAUACGACGAUAUGAUGUCUUUCUGUGCAUUUUGGGUUGCUUUUAUUUCUACUUUUCUAUUGUCAAUAAUUGGACGACCUUGGGGAAACGGUAUGUACUCGGGUUUUCUCGCGCUUCAGCGACGCAUGUCCUUUUUGUGCUCGUUGGUUCGAGAGCGAAGCUCUUGGUUUUCAUCUUCCUCUCUUCUAGCCCUCCUUCUAUACUGAAACCCCGUCUUUCUCUCGCCAUUGGCGAAAAGAUAAGCCGGGAAAGUUUUGGAGGGUUUUUUACGGCGUUAUUCGUUUUUGGCUAUGGCUGGCUAUAUACUCAGGCUUUUAGAUUAGCUCCGCGUUUUAUGACUGCUACGAAUUAUCACGAUUACAACUUCGUUCUCUGUCUG